AUGGUGCCCCUGUUGUUGCUGCUGUUCCUGCUGUGGGGUGAAUCUCUGGAGGAGCAGCCAGGCUUUGAGCUCCAAGUGCAGGAGUCUGCGAUGGUGCAGGAGGGUCUGUGCGUCCACGUGCCCUGCUCCUUCUCCUACCCCUGGAGUUCAUCGUCUUCCUCUACUGAACUCCACACCUACUGGUUCUCGAAAGAAGACAGCGUAUGGUACGAUUCACCUGUGGCCUCAAGGGACCCAAAUAGACCAGCAAAGACAGCAACCCAAGGCCGUUUCCUCCUCAUGGACGCCACGAACAACAACUGCUCCCUGCAGAUCAGAGACGCCCGGAGAAGUGACACAGGAACAUACAUGUUCCGAAUGGAAAGAGGAAGUGUGAAAUAUAGUUACCAAGAUAAGAUGCUAAAAUUGCAGGUGACAGCCCUGACAGAGAAACCCCACAUCCGGAUAACGGAGCCCCUGGAGUCUGGCCGUCCCACACAGCUGGCCUGCAGCCUGCCAGGGGCCUGUGAAGGGGGACGACCUCUCACCUUAUCCUGGGCGGGAGAGGCUGUGGACUCACUGGACCCCCGGAACCUCAGAUCCUCGGUGCUCACCUUCAUCCCGAGGCCCGGGGACCAUGGCUCCAACCUCACCUGUCAGGUGAAACGGGAAUGGCCUCGGUUGACCACACAGAGAACCAUCCAGCUCAAUGUCUCCUAUGCCCCACAGAACCUCACCAUAGGCGUCACCUUCAGAAAUGCCACAGCUAGGCCUGGCCAGUCCUUCAAGGUUCUGCAGGCCACUUCCCUUACCAUCCUGGAAGGAGAGACCCUAAGGCUGCUCUGUAUGACUGACAGCAACCCCCCUGCCGAACUGAGCUGGUUCUGGGGAUCCCCAGGCCUGAAUGCCACCCCCAUCUCCAGGACCGCCAUCCUGGAGCUGCCUCGCGUGGGGCCAGCACAGGAAGGGGACUUCACCUGCCAAGCUCAGCACCCACUGGGCUCCCAAAAUGUCUCUCUCAGCCUCUUCGUGGUCUAUCCCCCACAGCUGCUGGGACCCUCCUGCUUCUGGGAGGACCAGGGUCUGCACUGCAGCUGCUCUGCCAGGGCCCAGCCAGCCCCCUCCCUGCGUUGGAGGCUGGGGGCGGGGCUGCUGGAGGGGAACAAUGGCAAUGCCACCCACGUGGUCACCUCCAGCUCAGAGGGGCCCUGGACCAACAGUUCCCUGAGCCUCCACUUGGGGCUCAGCCCUGAGCUCAGACUCAGCUGCGAGGCCCGGAAUGUGCACGGGGCCCACAGGGCCUCGAUCCUGCUGCUGCCAGAGAAAUCAGUUUUCCAGGUGGGAGUGGCUCUUGGAGUUGCUGGAGCCCUGGCCCUGCUGUCCCUGUGCUUGUGUCUCAUCUCCUUCUGCAGAGUGAAAGCCCACAGGAGGCAAGCAGCUGGGAGACCAAAGGUCACGGAUGAUGAAGAACUUGUCAUGGGCACAGUCACCUGGGGUUCCAAGCGAAAACCUGGGCUAGACAAGCCCCCAAACCAAGGGUUGCCCACAGAGGGUCCCCCUCUGUCAGAGGAACAGUGGGAAGUCUACUACGGCAACCUCAGCUUUCACGGCAUGAAGCCACAGGAACCUGAGGACCCGGAUGCUAACGGCAGCAUCAAUGAGUACUCAGAGAUUUAG